AUGUUCAAGACAAGCUUGAGAGUGGGCCGAUUGUCGCGGCAGCAUCUCGAAGAAUUUCGCCGUAACGCGAAUCAGCUAGAGUCGUAUUGUGGGUGUGAUGGUGAAAGAGUGCAAGCGAAGGUGGGUGAGCACAUCCGCGAUACAUUCAUUCAUCUGCAGUCUAGUGUUAUGGUCCUGAAUGAAUUACGUCGCAUUGAGGAGCAGAAAAUGCAGAGGGAGAAGUUUCUCUCUACAUCACUCUCUGAGUCCAGCAGCGGGCCCCUCACAUCUCUUUCCCAUCUUCUUCACUAUCCCUGUCUCAUCUUCUACCAGAACCUACUUUACCCUGCUGCUUCACUGGAGAAGCUGAAGAAAACGAUGAUAGCCUUCCCCAUGAACCCCUAUUCAACCUUGGAGGAAACCCUGUUGGGUGGAAGUUUUGCUCCAAGCCCAGAGCCAGUGUUCCUGACGGUUAGUAGCGGAGCGAUUUUGAGGCUGUUCAGCAACUGUACGGAGUAG